UCGCCAAGCAUGGAGGCAGAGGAAUCCAAAAAGGGAGUUGCUGAGCUCGACUCUCUAGAAGGCAGUGACCAGAAACCAGAGGCAGAGGAGGAACAAGAGGAAUCCGAAGAGGCGGCUGGCGGCAGCAAGAAACGGGUAGUGCCGGGUAUUGUGUACCUGGGCCACAUCCCGCCUCGCUUUAGGCCUUUGCACGUACGGAACCUUCUCAGCGCCUAUGGCGAGGUCGGGCGCGUUUUUUUCCAGCAGGAGGACGGAUUCGUGAGGCGCAAGAAGAAGGCAGCGGCUGCCGCGGGAGGAAAAAAGCGGUCCAAGUACAGCAAGGACUACACCGAGGGCUGGGUGGAGUUCCGCGACAAGCGAGUAGCCAAGCGAGUGGCGGCCAGUCUUCACAACACGCCCAUGGGCUCCCGCAGGCGCAGCCCCUUCCGUUAUGACCUGUGGAACCUCAAGUACCUGCACCGUUUUACCUGGUCCCACCUCAGCGAGCAUCUUGCUUUUGAGCGCCAGGUGCGCAGGCAGCGCCUAAGGGCUGAGGUUGCCCAGGCCAAGCGUGAGACUGACUUCUAUCUUCGAAGUGUGGAGCGCGGACAGCGUUUCCUUGCUGCUGAUGGGGACUCUACCCGCCCCAAUGGCUCUUGGGCCUUUGCCCAGCGUCCUACUGAGCAGGAGCUGAGGGCCCGGAAGGCAGCUCGGCCAGGAGGACGUGAACGAGCUCGCCUGGCUAACGCUCAGGACCAGGCCCGCUCCAACCGGGGGCUUCUUGCCAAGAUCUUUGGAGCCCCUGCACCCUCAGAGAGCAUGGAGGACUCCUCACUGCUCAGGAACUCUUGAGGGGCAGGGAGGCCCCUUCCACCUCCUAGCCCAGCCCAGCGUCCUAUAUACCUGAUAAUGACUACCCAGGCAGACAUUUUAUUAUGUUUCUCAAACCAGGAGGCUGGUGAGUGCUCAGACAUAGACGUUUGAAGACCUCCAAUUCCUGUACGUGCCUGGCUGAGGCACUUAGUCUUACUAGCAUAAUUAUGACUACUGCAGAUGUGUUUUGCAGAUGUUUGUUUGAUUCUUGGGCUGCCUGCAUCCUGCCCACGGGACCCUCCAAAAUUUCUACUUUCUGGCCCUAGGAAGAGCCUUUCUUUGAACUAGAGUGAUAAUGGCUAGUCCAGACAGCUGUUUACCAACCACAGUACCAGGCAGCAGCAUCCUUUUUAUUUAGAAAAGAUUAAUAGGGACAGAGGUUAAUGGGUUAGAGUGGCUUGGGAGCCACAUUCCAAAAGUAUUUAUAGAAAAGAAAUAUAUAUAUUUUAUAUGCUUUUGUAGUUUAUAGGGGGUGGGAAUGGUCACUGGAUAAGUUCCCACUCCUGUCUGUCCUAUUCACUCACCUUCAUUGCAUCUCCUGGUCUCAGACACCCCCGCCCCCAAUUCAACCUGGAUCCUUUUCUAUCUAUCCAAUCAAUUUCUUAGGUCAUGUUAUUAAUAGUUAUCUACUAGUAGUUAAAUAAUAUUCAGCAUUUACUACUAAGUCACUGUAUGAGGACAUAGAGUGACAGUGGGUGAUAACCUAUGGUCCUUGGUGUGAGUCUUACAGACCACUUAAAGAUAGAUGUUUAAGAAAUAAAUGUGCAGCCUAGAGCUCAUGCUCUGCAACAAGAGAAGCCACUGCAAUAAGAAGACUGCCCACCACAGGAAGAGUAGCUUCUACUCACCACAACUAGAGAAAAGCCCGUGCACAGCAACAAAGACCCAAUGCAUCUAAUAAAUAAAUAAAUAUUUAAAAAAAAAAAAAAAAGAAAGAAAUGUACAGAAGCACUACAGGCAUCAUGGUAGAUAUGUAUAAGGAGUAGAGUGGGGCCCUGGGAAGGCAUGGUUCACUCUGUCUGGGAAGGUAAGCAGUGCUCUCAAUGUGGAGCUGUAUUCUGAUCAGAGGCUUCUGAGGUGGGUCAGUUUUCACCAAGUUUUUCAAAUCAUUCCUGAAAAGUGAACAGAAGUCUGAAAGAGCCUAGUGUAUUCCUAUAACUGCAAACAAAGCUCUGUGGAUGAAGUGUUGGGUUCAAACCAUUGUAAAGGUAGGCAAAGCCUAGGAGGUAGUUGUGCACACAUGAUGUCCCCCUGGUGCACUUAUACAUGUUGUCUACGCUUAGACAAGGGAAGUUUCGCAAACAACAUACAAAGCAGCUCUGGAGGUGACAGAGAAUCCAUGCCAGGCACUAAGGGGAACUGAAAACUGAGGUGUCACAAUAAACUAAAAAAAGUCUACACACAGCCUCAUAAUAGAUUAAAACCGGUCAAUACCAGGCUUUUAAACUUACAGGGAGUGUUAGGGUGAUAAUAAUAAAUAACUUGAGUUUUGCUUAUGCUGUGUUUGUUUUCUCAGUUUUUUGUUUUUCCCUUCACUGUCAACAAUAUAAUUACCCAUGUGUUCUUUGGAUGAAGUGGAUUCAUCCACUUUGGCUUUAAAAUAACUUAGCCAUGUUAAGAUCUCCCAGUUUCUUUGGAAGAAUAAAAAUGACCAUACAAUAAAACAUUAUGGUCUGCUUGGUGUAACAUUUCUCACAGUCCAUAUGCCUCUCAUACCCAGCACACAGACACAUCUGUGUAAUGUUAUACCCUCAUCUUAGGAGCUUGGCAUUCUUGUUUCUGUGAGUUUGUUGUUUCUUGUGAGUUUGU